AUACCCAUCACCCAACUCUCAGGCGGUGCGGAUCUCACCCAACUACCCAAUAAUAAACACUGACGGUUGUCACCUCACCUCACCUUCCUAUCCCUUUUGUUUUUACUCUCAUCCUGCGCACCCUUCACUCACGGCGCACGUUAUCCUCCCCCACCACCUCACCGCUAAGUCAGCCGCACCCCCACCCUACCUUUUAUCUUCUUCCCACCUAACCCUAACCCCCUCAUUAUGCCUCUCACCACCACCACUUUUCUUACGUCAUCACCGCCGUCAUGCACUCCCCCUCCUCCUCUCCACCACCGCCUCCCAAACCUCCGUCUCGCCGCCUUCCUCCGCCGUGCUGGUCCGACGCCGAGACGGUGGCGCUCAUCGACUGCUACCGUGAGAAGUGGUACUCUCUCCGGAGAGGUAAUCUCCGUGCGCCGGACUGGCAGGAGGUCGCCGACGGUGUUGCUCAACGCUGCCGGUUGACUUUUCCGGCGAAAACUUCGAUUCAGUGCCGCCAUAAGAUGGAGAAGCUCCGGAAACGGUACCGAUCCGAGAUCCAACGGAUCGGAAGCGGUUUGAAGAGGAAUAUGUAUUCGUCGUCGUGGAUACACUUUAAAUUGAUGCAUGAUAUGGAGUUAGGGUUUAGUUCUUCUUCAGAUCUGACAGUUAGUUUGAACAAUCGAUACGACGACGUUGCAGAUGAGGUUCCAGAUGAGGUUGAGGUUGAAGAAGAUGAAGAUGAUAUGUUGUUGUAUCAUAACGGUAACACUAACAGUAACGGUGAUGGUAAUAGAGUUAGGAUUAAAAUUCCUAAUUUUGCUGUGAUGACGUCAGCGAGGAACAAUAGGUUGUUGGAUGACUUACCACCGAAUAUGAACCCGGGGUAUGGGUCGGGUGGGACGGGUAGGUUGAAGAGGAAGAUUGAUGGAGAUAAUGUGAUGAAUGAAAUGGUGGAGGCGGUUAGGAGGCUAGGGGAUGGGUUUGUGAGGAUGGAGAGGAUGAAGAUGGAUAUGGCGAGGGAGCUUGAGUCGAUGCGGAUGAAAGCGGAGAUGAGGCAGACGGAGAUGAUAAUUGAGACGCAUCAGAAGCUGUGGGAGUCGUUUUCGAAGACGGUUUUGGAGGGGAAGAAGGGGAAGAGGAAUGAGGAAGGGGUUUAAUUGUGCAAGUUUAGGUUGUUGAGAAUAUGUGUUGUUUGGUAGUUUGUUUUUGUUAAUAAUUUGGUGUAGUGGUAAUUAAAAUUUGAAAGUUGGAACCUUAAUGAUGUUUCUUGUGGAAUUGAGAUUGUAGGGCGUUUUGAAGAACAGGGCUGUUGACCAUGCAAUUGGCUUGCUUUGUUCUCACCUUGUUCAUAGGUAAUAUUUAAGGUUUGGUUAACAAAAGCGUGAAGCGCGCUUAUGUUAUAUGUUGUUC